AUGUCCUUCCCGGCACUCCUACGCACCUCAGUCCUCUCCGACAGAUUUGCGCACCUCUCCCUUCUCCAGAAGGCUCCUACGGCACCCACUGCGCCCAGGCGGAACAGCAGGGACGAUAAGGAGGGCAAACGCUGGGUGCGGCGCAAGGAGAACGCCCGCUUCGUGGGCAACGCCCACAUCGUCGCCCCCUCCAAGAAGGACUUCGGCGUCCCGGUCCCCAGCGUCGCGCGACCUUCCCCCCGCAACGGCCCCGUACCAGCAGCGACUCCCAUCCUCCCCACACCCGAGUCCGCCAACGCCGGCCGAUUCUCUCUCAGCUUGAAGGGCAUGCGCCGCGAGCUGCGCCGCGCAGGCCGCGCACGAGAGGCUCGUCCACGACGUGAGGACGCGCUCCUCGGCUGGCUCGCCGCCGGCGGUGUGCUGCUCGCGCCCGACGCAGCGGCCGAGAUGCACUUCCCGGGAACGCCGGUGGACGAUGGCGGCGCCGUGCUCGAGGUUUCGAGGACGCCGCUACAACUCGUGUGGAGCAUCGAGGACAACGCGUUCUCGCGGUACGUCGUGCACUGUUGUGCGCGGUACCACGACAUCGUCAGCUUCAGCAAGGACACCUCCGGCCACCGCCUCACCUACCUCCUCCGCCCGAACGUCACCCGCCCCGCGCGCUACGCCGCCCCUGCUCUCGACACGCCCCCCGUAACCGACCUCUCCGAGCUCUCCGCGACCGAGCUCGACUCCGAGUCAGACUUCGCGUCCGAACGCGACCUCUCCGACGCCGAGGGCGGCCGGGGCGGAGUCACGGGUCACCAAGGCGGCCCCGGGCUCACCGCCAUCGUCGAGGCCAGCGCUGACUCGAUGCCCCCGUCGCCCGUCCCGUACGCCGUGCGCGCCCCCGCCGACUUCGACGCCUUCGAUGACGACGACUGGUCCUCGGACCGCGAGGUCCCCAACGUGGGACGCAGAGGGGAUUUUGACUCGGACGCGGACGCGCCGGUCCUGGCCGAGGCGCAGGUCGCCGUGCCCUCCUCGCUCGCACCGGACCUGCGCAGACGGCAGGGCCCGGACGCGCUCCGCUCGCGCCUGCUCGAACGGCAGCGGCGCGCGGCGUCGUCGCCUUCGCGUUCGCCCGCGCGGCGGACGCCGCACCGGCCGAGGCAGCGCGCGGAGCCCGUGAAGACCAGGGCGGCCCCUGGGAGGCGGUCGUUCUACGACUACCUGUACGCUUGA